UCCGGCCUCUCUUACUCUGCGUUAGAGUAAACUCGGUGUUCAAACGCCACGUUUCGCAUUGGGUACUCUCUUUAGGGUCAAACGUAAAAGCUUUGGAAAUUAUACAUGGCCCAUCCAAUUUAAACCCAUGCUUAAAAGCUUUAGGCAAGACACAAGCUUUUGGAUUGGACCGAAAAUUGGGCUCAGCAUCAAGCUAACACCCCGUACCCCAGUUGCAAUGAACAGAACUGAAACUUCUAGUAGAAAGGCAGGGUUGGAGUAUAACUCUCAGCCAAACAUUCCAGAUUUCUGUCUUGUUCCAAAAUCCAAUUCGGCAACUCUCUGCUUCUUUUUUCUUGCAAGAAAAUUAAAAUGAUAUAAUUUCAGUGAGGUUGGAUAGAAUCGAGAACGUGGGGGACCGUAAGAAAAUGGAACAAACAGAAGAUGCUAAAGCAAUGAAAGAAAAAAAAAAAAAAAGAAAAAGCGAAUCCGUAUUGAGCUAUCCGUGUGCUUAAUGGGGAUCAAAAGCAGCCAUUACCAGCAUAAAAAGAUGAAGGGGCGUGUGAGAUGGGAUGAAGCUAAUCUCAGUGAAAUUGAGGCAAACAAACCAGUAAGGAAAAAAAUUGAUGAACCCAAAACACCUUAUCCUCCAAUGAUUGAGGAAGAUGGCUCUUCCUCUACUCGGCCGGAUAAUUCUGUUAAAAGCAUUGGCUACUCUGCACAUGCUGAAGCCUUAAGAAAUGCCCUAAACAAAUUAGCGCUGAGUGAAAAGAACAAUGGUGCUUCUGGGGGAUGGACAUCAUCUGAUGAAGAGGGUGAAACAGGGGACGAAGAUCAAGGCUUUGCAAAACAAAGAGAUGCUGUGAGCUUUGAGGACAGAAGGAGAGCACAUUAUGACGAGUUCAAGAAGGUGAAAGAAAUGCAAGAAAAGGCCUGCUUUCUCGAUGAUGAGCAUGAUAAUGGAAAACAUAAUUCUGGUUCAUGUUCCAACCUUAGCAUCGAUUCAAGAGAAAUAGAUAUUGAGGAUGACGAUCAAAUUCUGCCAAUAAUUUACAUUGAGAAUAAUGAUGACCAGAGUUUUACUCAAUAGCCACAUUUGGUUAGCUAGAAAGCCUCAUCAAAAUCUACCAAUCAUGGUUACCCAAUUUGUUUAAUGAUUUUGUUAAUGUUAUCUUCAUUAUAUUAAUUUUUAAAAUUUCUUAUAAUUUAGCUUUAGUAGCUUUUUUUAAGUCUGAAUUACCAACAUUUAUUUUUAUAAAUUAUUAAGUAAAUCACCAAGCUUUGACUUUGAGAUAGAUUUGUUCAUGAGCUUAGUAUAGACAAAAAUUCUCAAAUCUCGACUCGGUUGAUCCAAAUUAUUAUUAAAUUUUAAAGUACUUGAUUUUAAUAAUUAAACUUCAAAUUAAAAAAUUUACGACAAUCAAUCAAUGUUAAAUUCCACAUAGAUAGUCUUACCCUGAUAUAUCGUUCCAUAUAAAGUCUAACAAUCCUUAUUCAGAUCUCCACGUGGCUCAACAACAGAUCACUUUAUAUCUCCCCCUUCCGGCUGAUCCAAUCAUAUCCCAACCUCUCAUUAUUCCAAUCAUUAGUCAAAAUUCCUUACCUUCAGCAAAGCGGAGGACACAUGUCCCGACACGUAUGAAGACAAGUUACGGUCGUGCUGUAAAAAUUCGAAAAUUUUACUGGUCACUGCAAACUCUUACCAGAGAAUUAUCGAAAUGAAAGAAGGAGAGAGAAGUUUCUGGAAGAGACCUUAACAC